CUCCCUUCACACAGCACAAGCCCUAAAAAAGACAGAUAGGGAGGAAUAGACAAACAGUGUGUGUCUGUGUGUGUGUGUCAGACUGUGAGAGAUAACCAGAGUUGGUCUCAGGAUGCCUGCGUACGCCACCAACAUGAGGUUGAAGUUCCCCAUUGUGGCCUUGGCUUUGGAGAUUAUCACCAUCAUCCUGUUUGCAGUUUUUGUGGUCUAUGAUGAUGGGAAACAUCAUGGGCACGACGAGCACAACAAACACUCCAAUGAGACUCACCUUGAAGAGCAACCAAUGGAUCUCUACCCCAUGUUUCAGGAUGUCCACGUCAUGAUCUUCAUCGGCUUCGGGUUCCUGAUGACCUUCCUGAAGAGAUACGGAUUCAGCAGCGUGGGCGUCAACUUACUCUUGGCUGCCUUCGGUCUGCAGUGGGGCCUCCUCAUGCAGGGCAUCUGGCAUCUGGAUGAUGGCAAGAUCAAAGUCAACAUCUUAAAAAUAAUCAACGCAGACUUCAGCACAGCUACGGUCCUGAUCUCCUUCGGAGCCGUUCUGGGUAAAACCAGCCCCGUGCAGCUCCUCAUCAUGACCAUACUGGAGAUCACCAUCUUCUCCAUCAAUGAACAUCUGGUGGCCAAAGUCCUCAGAGCUAAUGAUGUUGGAGCAUCCAUGAUCAUCCAUGCUUAUGGAGCCUACUUUGGUCUGGUAGUGGCUCGAGUACUUUACCGACCAGGUUUAAGAAAUGGACAUGAGAAUGACGGAUCUGUUUAUCACUCUGAUCUGUUUGCUAUGAUUGGAACCGUCUUCCUGUGGAUGUUCUGGCCCAGUUUUAACUCGGCCAUCGCUGACCCGGGCUUCACUCAGCUCACAGCAGUGAUCAACACCUACCUCUCCCUGGCUGCCUGUGUGCUCUCUGCCUACGCCAUCUCCAGCCUCGUGGAGCACAAAGGAAAACUGGACAUGGUGCACAUUCAGAAUGCCACCUUGGCCGGUGGCGUUGCCGUGGGAACAUGUGCUGACAUGAACAUCGGGCCAUUUGGGGCAAUGCUGAUUGGAUUAGUGGCUGGCAUAAUCUCUACCCUGGGCUUCAAGUACUUAUCUCCCGUCUUGGCAUCCAAAUUGGGCAUCCAAGAUACCUGCGGUGUCCACAAUCUGCACGGCAUGCCUGGCAUCCUGGGCGGGUUGGCUGGUAUUGUGGCUGUGGCUUUGGGGAAAAAAACGGGAGGUGAUGCUGCCAUGCAAGCUGCUGCCUUGGCUUCAUCCCUCGGGUUUGCUUUGGUAGGAGGUGCUGUUACAGGUUUAAUAAUGAAGUUGCCGAUCUGGGGACAGCCUCCAGACCAGAACUGCUUCGAUGACUCUAUUUACUGGGAGGUUCCUGAGGAGGAGGAGGAGAAUGAGGAGAGCUUGGCUCACACCGAUCACUCAAAGAACAAAGCAGAGGUUUAAAUAUCAGCCCACCGACCACUGAGCUAGAAAUUAACAAGUAAAGAAUUAUUAAUCAGCUACACCAUGUCCGCAGAUAUCAAUUUGUCAGUUAUAUUAAUGUGAUAAACGAUAGACGAUUUACUCGACUCAUCAACACAAAAACGGGGGGGGGGGGUUAAGUCAAUUUAUAAAUCUUUUGUGAGCAAAGAUUUCAUCAUAAUACAUAAAUUUGUAAUUAGGAAGGGCAGUGAAAGGUUUAAACAAUAGAGACUCCAAAAUAUACAUGAGUAAUUUUAUUCUAAUAAUUGUUAACAUAAAGAUUUGGUAAAUCCCAUUUACACUAAGAAAAAAGCUUCUUAAGAAUUUGAAAGGAGAGCAGCGACCUUCAGGGAUUUUUUUUACACUGAAAAUUGUGAUCAAUAAUUUCCAACAAUCAUGAGCCACUAUAGAAGUGAGUCACAUCAUAGGUUCACUGCAGAUACACAACUACUUCCAUAAGCCUUUUCUUUAUUUCAUUUUUAUAAUAUAAAAAGCAUAAAAGCAUGUUUUAAGAUAUUAGUAUAGUAUAUGUAUUUUUCUUCAUACAUUCUUUUAUAUUUCCAUACACCUGGCAUAUGUAUUUCUGCUGAGGCUCAGGUCAAAGAGAGGAGUUAAACCUGCUCUGAUCUGCUGCUUCAUGUCACCUCACUGGAGCCCAGUCCUUCUGCAAGGAGUCAGAGUCAGACUGUGUGAAACCAGCAGUGAGGCUCUGACAUGGGCAGGGAUAGUCGCAUGAAAUGCUGUAAUUAAUGAACCUUUGUGUUGCUUAUCUUCCACUGCUUACAAUCAUUUUCUAUCUAUCUAAGGGCAGCUGUACAAUUUCUUUAAUGCAAUGAUGUGCAUUUAGCAUUGGAUUGGCUGUCACUGGGCAACUGAAGUUAUUUUUUUGUCUGUUUUCUAUUUACAUCCAAUGUAUUCUUACAUGUACAUACAGUUUAGCAUGGAUUGACAUGGUCAGUUUUAUCAAGGCCCUGCAAUGUUAAAAAAGAGCAACUGGUACUGAAUACUUUUCAGAUAUCUUUAAAAGAAUUCAACAGGAACUUACACACUGAUAAAUAAGAAAGGUGUGGCAUUUAUAUGCAAAUGUGACAAUAAACUAACUUUAUUUUACUAUUUUCACUGUCCCAUUAUAUGCAUUAGUUGGACUGUUUUGUACCUGUUUUUUCUAUAGGUGAGUUGCUGUUGGAUUCUUUUUCAUUCUGAGUUUUGAACCAUCACACCUGCAACAAACCUCCUGUGUAUAUUGUGGCAUUAGAGAGCAGCCAUUUCUUUUUUUUAUGUUUAACAAUAAAACAUAGGUCUGCAGGGCUAGAUUAAACUGACUACACACAGUAGUGUUAAUCAAUGAUAUUUUGGUUUGUCAAAUGAUUUAUGAUGCCCAGAACACUGAAACACAUCAUGAUUUUGUAUUUUUAUACAGUGGGCAUGUGCGCUUAUUUGUAUAAUAUACUAAUACUGUCAUAAUAAAUAUGUUUUUGUAUAAUA